UGCAGCACGAGCUCCGAUAAAAUCCUGCAAACCUACUGGCUUUCGUUGCAGUCAAGUUCAGACACUAAAUCCUACCGGAGUCUAGCGCUCAGACCAUAGUCCUCUCCUAAGGCGAUUACCCUCCCUCACACAGAAAAUGGAAGACGAAAUUGCCGCCCUCGUUGUUGACAACGGAUCUGGUAUGUGCAAAGCUGGCUUUGCAGGAGAUGAUGCUCCACGUGCUGUGUUCCCUUCCAUUGUUGGACGUCCCAGGCAUCAGGGUGUGAUGGUUGGUAUGGGCCAGAAAGACAGCUAUGUUGGUGACGAGGCACAGAGCAAAAGGGGAAUCCUGACCCUGAAGUACCCCAUUGAGCACGGUAUUGUCACCAACUGGGAUGACAUGGAGAAGAUCUGGCAUCACACCUUCUACAAUGAGCUGAGGGUUGCCCCUGAGGAGCACCCAGUCCUGCUCACAGAGGCCCCCCUGAACCCCAAGGCCAACAGGGAAAAGAUGACCCAGAUCAUGUUUGAGACCUUCAACACCCCUGCCAUGUAUGUGGCCAUCCAGGCUGUGCUGUCCCUGUACGCCUCCGGUCGUACCACUGGUAUUGUCAUGGACUCUGGUGAUGGCGUGACCCACACAGUGCCCAUCUAUGAGGGCUACGCUCUGCCCCACGCCAUCCUCAGGUUGGACCUGGCUGGCAGGGACCUCACGGACUACCUCAUGAAGAUCCUGACUGAGAGGGGCUACAGCUUCACCACCACAGCUGAGCGUGAGAUUGUGCGUGAUAUUAAGGAGAAGCUGUGUUACGUUGCACUGGACUUCGAGCAGGAAAUGGGAACUGCUGCCUCCUCUUCAUCCCUGGAGAAGAGCUAUGAGCUGCCUGACGGACAGGUCAUCACAAUCGGAAAUGAGAGGUUCCGUUGCCCUGAGUCCCUCUUCCAGCCCUCUUUCCUUGGUAUGGAGUCUUGUGGUAUCCAUGAAACUACCUUCAACAGCAUCAUGAAGUGUGAUGUGGACAUCCGUAAGGACCUGUACGCCAACACUGUGCUGUCUGGAGGUACCACCAUGUACCCUGGCAUUGCUGACCGUAUGCAGAAGGAAAUCACUGCCCUGGCACCCACCACCAUGAAGAUCAAGAUCAUUGCUCCCCCAGAGAGGAAGUACUCUGUAUGGAUUGGAGGCUCCAUCCUGGCUUCCCUGUCCACCUUCCAGCAGAUGUGGAUCAGCAAGCAGGAGUAUGAUGAGUCCGGCCCCAGCAUCGUCCACAGGAAGUGCUUCUAAACAGACUGUCAGUCCCCUCCCCCAAAACACACACUGCUACAAAUCCAAACGACUGGCUCUGCAUACACGCCUACACCAACACACUGGUGUAUGCUGAGCUCACAACACCUCUUCCCAUUUCCCUCAUCACUAUGGCUAUGGCACCAUGCCCCCUGAUGGGGAGAAACUCUGCUGGAAGUACAGAGCGUCCCAGGCGGUGUGAAUGUGAGGAACAUGAUGUCCAUUGUUGUGUUUGUGUAGGUCAUUCCAGAUGUCUUUGUUCACCACCUUAUUUGCCUCUAUGAAGGUUUGUUCUCUGGUGGGCCCACUGCCCAACAGACCUGUAGUAUUGCUUAAUAUGUAAAUUAUGUAAUCUGAAACUUGUUUGUUUUUUUUGUUUUUUGUUUUUUCUUUUUUUUUCUUUUUUUGUACUUUCAGCCUUAAACGAUACUUGGUCCAGUUUGUUUUUGUCAUUAUGCAAAAGACAAAGCUUCUACCUUGUAUGGAGGUGUAUGCAGGUUUGUGCUUGGGGCUUAAAGCCCCUGGUGUACACAACAACCCAAUAAAGCGCACAUGUCUGAGAUUCCA